AUGAAUAAUUCUUUAAAUCCUGACACUGAUAUGUGCUCGAUUUGCUUGGGUGCAUUAGUACAACCAGGCAUGGAUGUGUUUAAAACUGCAUGUCAACAUCAAUUUCAUUUUGUUUGCUUAGCAAAAAGUGUUGAAGUACAGAAUCAUGAAUGUCCACUCUGUCGAACUCGACUGGAUUCUUUGUGCAGUAUUAUCCAGACAUCAGUGCAGAGUACAUCUCCACCUGUUCAGGUUCCUACACAAGCUGCUGCUGCUACACCAUCGUCUACAACCUCUGGAUUUUGGUCUACAUUGAGAAGAUCGCUUAGCAAUGCAUAUAGUUGGGUAAAUAAGAAUUCUUCUCAGUCACAAGUAUCAUCCACACAUAUGAACCAAUUUGAACAGUUCUCAUACUCGAACUCAUCUGAAGAUUUGGUUGAUGAAACAGUUGUUCGCGCUCUCUCAGCUCGAAUCCAAGCUGUUCGUCAAAGAGCAGCUAAUGGAACAACUGAACUUGAAUUGAUUACAGCUACAACUACGUUAGAAUUUGGUGGUCAAGUAUCAACACAAGCCUCCAAUAUCUAUGGAAUGGUGACACUCAAAGCACCUUCCCUUCUUCCAAUCACAGCUAGCGAAAAGGAGCUCAAUGAAUUACGUGUACCAAUCGAUCUCGUGUGUGUUGUUGAUCAAAGUGGAUCAAUGAAAGGAGAGAAAAUUGCAUUAUUGAAAAAGACUUUGGAUUAUAUUAUCGAUCAAAUGGGUCCACUUGAUCGAUUAGCGAUUGUUUCUUUUGAUACUAAAGCAUACGAUCGAUCUAACGGUCUUAAUAUGAUGACACAUGCAAAACAACAAAUUCUUCACACUGCAGUUGCGCAGAAUGUUCAUGCUAGUGGUGGCACUUAUAUUGGUUCUGGUCUUGAAAUGAGUAUUCGAAUGUUAACCAGUCGUCGAACGAAAAAUCCAGUCGGAGCCAUGCUUCUUCUCACCGAUGGUGAAGAUAAUCAGUAUCAUGAUUAUUCUCAACUAAUGCGAACUCUACCUGAUGGUGUCGUUUGUCACACAUUCGGUUAUGGACUAGGACAUAGAGCAGCAUUGCUAUCUCAAUUGGCGGAGCAGGGACACGGAGGAACCUUUACUUUUAUUGAUCAAGUCGAUUCAAUCGCUCUUGCUUUUGCCACUGCUCUUGGUACUCUCUUCACAUGUGUUGCGCAGAAUUUGAAUGUAAAACUCGAGUUCGAUGGUUCAUGUGCAGUCACACAUUCGCAUUCUAUAUAUAGAUAUGAACCUGUCCAAUUACCAUCUUCACAAGUCACAUUCACACUUAAUGAUCUCAAUAGUGAGGAAAGCCGUAAUAUUGUCUUUCAAUUAAACGUACCUGCACUUGUCGAACAACCGAAUAAUAAUGAUGUGAUCGGUCGUGUAUCAAUCGAAUACACUGACGCAAUCAAUGGGCGCCAAAUUCACACAUCAGCGGUACCAUUUCUACUUGCACGUCCUGCUCAGUUGGCUCCUGACUCGCCAUUGCUUGUUGUAAACUAUGCACUAGAUCUACAACGUAAUCGUGCAGAAACAAGUCGUGUUUUGAAGGAAGCAGUCAAUGAACCAAACUACGAACGUGCUCGAGAAUUAUUGAAUGUACAAUUGGCAAAAAUUCGAGCAUCUGUGUCAGCUCAAGAUCCACUAUGUCAACAAUUAAUACGCGAUUUAGAAUAUCAGUAUAGAAGUCAAUAUGAAUUUGCAACAACCAUGACUAAUAUGUAUAUGCAGCAUGGACAAGAACGAGCCACGUAUUCAACAGCUACAACCUUCAGUACAAAUUGUUAUAUGACAUCGGGUCAAGAACGUUUCCGAUCGAUUGCACGUAAAUAUAAUUAA